AUGAGCCGGAGCGGCGGAGCCGGGCGGCCCGCGGCCGCGCUCACCGGCCCGGGACGCUUCCGCAUGGCGCGCGAGGAGCCGGCGCCGGCGGCGGUGGCGGCGGCGGGGCAGCCCGGGGGCGGCCGGGGCAGCGAGCGCGCGCUGCAGGGGCCAGGGGUCGCCCGCAGGGGGCGGCCGUCGCUGAGCCGCGCUAAGCUGCACGGGCUGCGGCACAUGUGCGCCGGACGCUCGGCGGCGGGGGGCUCGUUCCAGCGGCGCGCGCUCUGGGUGCUGGCCUUCUGCACGUCGCUCGGCUUGCUGCUGUCCUGGUCCUCGAACCGCCUGCUCUACUGGCUCAGCUUCCCGUCGCACACGCGGGUGCACCGCGAGUGGAGCCGCCAGCUGCCCUUCCCGGCCGUCACCGUGUGCAACAACAACCCGCUGCGCUUCCCGCGCCUCUCCAAGGGGGACCUCUACUACGCCGGCCACUGGCUCGGGCUGCUGCUGCCCAACCGCACGGCGCGCCCGCUGGUCAGCGAGCUGCUGCGGGGCGACGAGCCGCGCCGCCAAUGGUUCCGCAAGCUGGCCGACUUCCGCCUCUUCCUGCCGCCGCGCCACUUCGAGGGCAUCAGCGCUGCCUUCAUGGACCGCUUGGGCCACCAGCUCGAGGACAUGCUGCUCUCCUGCAAGUACCGCGGCGAGCUCUGCGGCCCGCACAACUUCUCCUCCGUGUUUACAAAAUAUGGGAAGUGUUACAUGUUUAACUCAGGCGAGGAUGGCAAGCCGCUGCUCACCACGGUCAAGGGGGGAACAGGCAACGGGCUGGAGAUCAUGCUGGACAUCCAGCAGGACGAGUACCUGCCCAUCUGGGGAGAGACAGAGGAGACGACGUUUGAAGCAGGAGUGAAAGUUCAGAUCCACAGUCAGUCUGAGCCGCCUUUCAUCCAAGAGCUGGGCUUCGGGGUGGCUCCAGGGUUCCAGACCUUCGUGGCCACACAGGAGCAGAGGCUCACAUACCUGCCCCCGCCCUGGGGUGAGUGCCGGUCAUCGGACAUGGGACUCGACUUCUUUCCUGUUUACAGCAUCACCGCCUGUAGGAUUGACUGUGAGACUCGCUACAUCGUAGAGAACUGCAACUGCCGCAUGGUGCAUAUGCCAGGGGAUGCCCCUUUCUGUACCCCUGAGCAGCACAAGGAGUGUGCAGAACCUGCUCUAGGUCUGCUGGCGGAAAAGGACAGCAAUUACUGUCUCUGCAGGACCCCCUGCAACCUGACCCGCUACAAUAAGGAGCUCUCCAUGGUCAAGAUCCCCAGCAAGACGUCAGCCAAGUACCUCGAGAAGAAGUUUAACAAAUCAGAAAAAUACAUCUCAGAGAACAUCCUUGUGCUGGAUAUAUUUUUUGAAGCUCUCAAUUAUGAGACAAUUGAACAAAAGAAGGCAUAUGAAGUCGCUGCCUUACUCGGUGAUAUUGGUGGUCAGAUGGGAUUGUUUAUUGGUGCUAGUAUCCUUACCAUACUAGAGCUCUUUGAUUAUAUUUAUGAGCUGAUCAAAGAGAAGCUAUUAGACCUGCUUGGCAAAGAGGAAGAUGAGGGGAGCCACGACGAGAACGUGAGCACCUGUGACACGAUGCCAAACCACUCCGAAACCAUCAGCCACACUGUGAACGUGCCCCUGCAGACCACCCUGGGCACCCUGGAGGAGAUCGCCUGCUGACACCCCUCGGGCCACCCACACCCCCACACAGACCUCGAGGCCCAAGACCCAGGACAGGGGACAGCAAGGCAGGUGGGAUGGCCCCUGACGACAGAAGGAAGCAAGAGCCCCCUAUGCACACAUUGCAGACUCUGCCCAGCCGCGCCCCGGGCUCCGCCGUGCGACCCUCCCAGGAAACACGAGUCACGCUCGGGAACUGUCCCAGA